UCCCGGGAACCGAACCCAAGAGCUAGACUAGGGGGGCCCCAUGGAUUUAGGGGGGAGGGGAAAAGCCAUGGGGGGCACCCCUUCGGAACCCCUUUCCCAGGCUCGCGCUCUCCGCUGGAAGAGGCGCAGAGAGACACUUUCCGGGGAAUCCUAAGUGUGCGGGAGGCUGGCUGGGGGCUCAGCCGGUCCCAACGCCCGAGGCUCAGAAAAAAAAGAGUUGGCAGAGGGAGCGGACUACGUGCCGGGCCAUGGCCUAGGCCCUUCGGCCCCGGCCCCGGCCGCAAUGACCUCUUUGCCCUGCCCCCUCCCUGGCCGGGACGCCUCCAAAGCCAUCUUCCCGGACAUUGCCCCUGUCCCAUCGGUAGUGGCUACCUACCCGCUUGGCCUGUCCCCCGCAACAGCAGUCGCCUCCGAUUUGCCCUACUCUGGGCCUUAUGGCCACCUCCUGUCCUACUCCUACACUGCGCAGGCGACCCCGGGAGACACCUACCUGCCCUGCCAGCUACCGGUGGUGCCCUCUGAGCAGGAGCCGAAAGCAGACUCGGAGAAGCCGCCGCUGUCCCCGGAGCCCUCGGAGCAGCGCCCGCAAGCCCCGACCAAGAAGCUCCGCAAGCCGAGGACCAUCUACUCGAGUCUGCAGCUGCAGCACCUGAACCAGCGUUUCCAGCACACGCAGUACCUGGCGCUGCCCGAGAGGGCCCAGCUGGCCGCGCAGCUCGGCCUCACCCAGACCCAGGUAAAGAUCUGGUUUCAGAACAAACGCUCCAAAUACAAAAAGCUCCUGAAGCAGAACUCUGGAGGACAGGAAGCGGACUUCCCUGGGAGACCCCCCUCCUUGUCUCCCUGCUCCCCACCCCUCCCAUCCCUCUGGGAUCUGCCCAAGGCCGGGGCCCUGCCCACCGGUGGCUAUGGCAACAACUUUGGAGCCUGGUAUCAGCAUCACUCCCCAGAUGUCCUGGCUCCAUCUCAGAUGAUGUGAGUCCCGGGAAGGGUGGGUCUGGCCCCACCCCCACCCCAUCCUCCACAAAGCCCAGGACCCAGCCCACCUGUGCCCCUUCUGGUCUCAGAGGAAACCAGCUCCAGAUGGGUUUUCUCAAGUGGACAAGGAAUUAGAGGAGAACAAGCAUGGGGCGGAGUCCAGUCUCCCUUGCCCUGUAACCCAAACAGCCUAAUCAGGACUUUGGUCUUAACCCACCGCCCCCCAACCACGACUAUGAACUGGACACAUGCCCUCCUGCUGAUCAGAGGCUCUGGAGGGAAAGUCGCUGGCUGAAGCUCAGACUCCUUCCAGGACCCCUAGUCUUCCCACCCCUUCCCUGGACUGCAGUCUGCCACAGCCUGGAGACGAAACCAAGAAACACUUGAGUAUUUUUUCCUCUCUGUGUGCCUUGGGUCUCACCCAACCCUGUUAUGAGCAAAAGCGGAAAUGAAGUGGGCAUCCCAAUUCUUCACAAUGAGCACCAUCGGGUGCCCCACCCCAUCGAUUUUUCCCGAUGGUUGGCCCAUUAGCCCCAUGACUGAUACACUACCUUACCAAGGUACCACCCAAGUGGUACCUCACCAAGGUGAGGUAGAAGAGAUGCCAAAAAUGUGGAAUUUGUGGACCUAUGGGUAAUUCAUCCACUUCUAAAAAAGACUUCUUCUUCCCAUGUCUGUUCAGUUGCAGUGGAUAACACAUCCAAUUAUCCUUAUUUAUUAUAAGUCUAGCCCCUCCUUUCCCAUCUUUAAUAUCUAACAACCCCACAAGCAUACCUUCUUGGAAACCCACAGGGUAACACUUUGGAGAACAUGGGUGGGGCGAACAGACUCUCUGGAUGCGUAUAAGAAGAGACACCCCCAAAUAGGGAGGGUGGGCUGGCAGUUCAUCUCACAGCUCUCUGUCCAAAGGAACUGCUUCUGUUUAUGACCCAUCUAGCGUCCUCCAUACCGGGAGCUUUUGGAGAUUAAAUCUGUGCAAAA